CCGCACCCAACAAGUACGAUGUCCGCCGUCACCAACUCCGCCGUCUUCGCCCGCAAGUCCCUCGCCGGCAAGGCUAUCGCGAACAAGCGCGUCGCCACCAAGGCCCGCGCCGCGUUCAACGUCUCCGCCAACGCCAAGGUCGACGCGUGCGACAAGAACUCCGUCAUCGUCUCCCCCUCCAUCCUCUCCGCCAACUUCGCCACCCUCGGCGCCGAGGUCAAGGCUGUCGAUGAGGCCGGCGCUGAGUGGAUCCACAUCGACGUCAUGGACGGCCGCUUCGUCCCCAACAUCACCAUCGGCCCCCUCGUCGUCGACGCGCUCCGCCCCGUCACCGACAAGGUUCUCGACACCCACCUCAUGAUCGUCGAGCCCGAGCUCCGCGUCGCGGACUUCGCCAAGGCUGGCUCUGACAUCAUCUCCGUGCACGCGGAGGGCGCGUCCACCAUCCACCUCCACCGCACCAUCAACCAGAUCAAGGACCUCGGAUGCAAGGCGGGCGUCGUGCUCAACCCCGGCACCCACCCCGACUGCCUCGAGUACAUCCUCGACUGCGUCGACCUCAUCCUCGUCAUGUCCGUCAACCCCGGCUUCGGCGGCCAGUCCUUCAUCGAGUCGCAGGUUGACAAGAUCAAGAAGAUCAAGGCCAUGUGCGACGCGAAGGGCGUCAACCCCUGGAUCGAGGUCGACGGCGGCGUCUCCCCCGCCAACGCCUACAAGGUGAUCGAUGCCGGCGCCAACGCGCUCGUCGCGGGCUCCGCCGUCUUCAACUCCGACGACUACGCCAAGGCCAUUGCGGGCAUCAAGGCGUCCAAGGCUCCCAAGUAAAUUUCUUACGCUUACGUCGAGAGCAGCGCGAGAGUUUGUGAGUGAUUGGCGCGCUCGGGAUGGGCGCGCGUGCUUGGAUUCUUUAUAACACUACACACGGAUAGCCUUCCCCCUGGCGCGGGGGUGUAGCACGUUUUUGUUUCAACACGAAGAAGAGAACGAGUGAAGAG